UUGUGCAUCCGGCUCAUCACCCAUCUCUUUGCUUGUCCAGAGUACUACCCCAUUGGCAAGGAAGCUCCCCCAUUCCAUCGCCCAUGCCAACAUUGUGCACCUGGUAUUACCUCCACCCCCAUCCAACUCCCACUGAUGAGCAAAGCUCCCUCAUUUUGUCGCAUUGCCCUUCCCCACACAAAAAUCCAGUCCUCCAUCAAUUUCGCUGCUCCCACCACUUGGGCAUCUUUGGGUCACCAUCUCUUCAUAUCCACUUUCAUGCUCGCAUCCAAGGUUAUCUGUGAUGACACUUACUCCAACAAAUCCUGGAGCAGCUAG